AUGUUUGAAGAAAUAUGGACCGAUGACUCCACCAGCUCACAAACCAAAUUCUUCCUCGUCGCUUUUGCCGCCAUCCUGGCUUGCGCCAGUGCUGAUGUCUCUGAGUUGGGCUACAGCUACCAAGAACCCGCACCCGUGUCAUUCAAUGUCCCAGCACCAGCCCCUGCACCAGUUGCCCAACCUGAUCGCACCUAUGUGCCACCAGCACCAGCACCAGCUCCAGUUCAUGUACCAGCUCCAGCUCCAGCUCCAGUACAUGUCCAAGCUCCAGCUCCAGCUCCAGUCCAUAUUCCAGCUCCAGCUCCAGUUCAUUUCCAUGCCCCAGCUCCAGCUCCAGCUCCAGUACAUGUCCCAGCCCCAGCUCCAGCUCCAGUGCAAGUCCCAGCUCAAGUUUACCUCCCAGCUCCAGCACCAGCACCAGUCUCAGUCCCAGCCCCUGCCCCAGCUCCAGUUCAUGUUCCAGCCCCAGCUCCAGUGCAAUUCCAUGCCCCAGCUCCAGCUCCAGUACAUGUCCCAGCCCCAGCUCCAGCUCCCGCUCCAGUUCAUGUUCCAUCUCCAGUAUACAUUCCAGCUCCAGCUCCUGCUCCAGCUCCAGCACCAGUGCAAUAUGUUGCCCCUGCCCCAAUUGCUCCCACUGAGCAAAUCGAACAUCACGCCGAAGAUGGUUACCGUUACAAGACUAAAUUCUUCCUCGUCGCUUUUGCCGCCAUCCUGGCUUGCGCCAGUGCUGAUGUCUCUGAGUUGGGCUACAGCUACCAAGAACCCGCACCCGUGUCAUUCAAUGUCCCAGCACCAGCCCCUGCACCAGUUGCCCAACCUGAUCGCACCUAUGUGCCACCAGCACCAGCACCAGCUCCAGUUCAUGUACCAGCUCCAGCUCCAGUACAUGUCCCAGCUCCAGCUCCAGUCCAUAUCCCAGCUCCAGCUCCAGUUCAUUUCCAUGCCCCAGCUCCAGCUCCAGCUCCAGUACAUGUCCCAGCCCCAGCUCCAGCUCCAGUGCAAGUCCCAGCUCAAGUUUACCUCCCAGCUCCAGCACCAGCCUCAGUCCCAGCCCCUGCCCCAGCUCCAGUUCACGUUCCAGCCCCAGCUCCAGUGCAAUUCCAUGCCCCAGCUCCAGCUCCAGUACAUGUCCCAGCCCCAGCUCCAGCUCCCGCUCCAGUUCAUGUUCCAUCUCCAGUAUACAUUCCAGCUCCAGCUCCAGCUCCUGCUCCAGCUCCAGCACCAGUGCAAUAUGUUGCCCCUGCCCCAAUUGCUCCCACUGAGCAAAUCGAACAUCACGCCGAAGAUGGUUACCGUUACAAGACUGUCCGCCGUCGCGUUUACAGACGCCGUUAUUAA